AUGUGGGCAAUGGGCUGCAUCGUCCUAGAGCUCCUAGUGUGGCUCCUCUGGGGACAUGAAGAGGGCCUCCUCAUCUUCCACGGCGGGUUCAGUGGACCCUUCUGGGAGGCUCCCAUCAGCCACAACGACUCCGCUCCACUCCCAAAGAUCGUCCAUCCGACGGUCACGAAGACCAUUCAGUUCAUGAAAAAGGAAAAUCUUCGAUGUCGCGAGAACACCGCUCUAGGGGGAUCUCCUGUCUCUCGUGGAACAUCAGCUGCUGGUCGUUCGAACCGACGGCGAUGCCUGUCGAGCCGGGUCGGAGGAGGUGGCCGAAGAGCCUAUGGCGAAUUUGUGGCGAUGUGA